UAAAAUACGAAUAAAAAAUUUUUAUUGGUGGCAAUCAUUUUCAACAGUCAUUUUGACAUUGCUUCCUUAACUUUGUUACUGGUGAAAAAAAAAAAAAAAAGGCAAAACAAUGCCUUCGCCCAAAACUCCGGUUUCAUCGCGAUGUGGCUAUCUGCGCAAUCGCAAACGUAUCCAUGUGCAUCCCAUAUCACUACUAAGUAAGAAGACGAAGACCGAUAACAACCAAAAGUCUGACCUAGAUGAUUCCGCUGCUAACGAUGCAGAACUCUCGAACUACUCAAAGGACACGUCGGUGGAAUCGGAAUUCAAGCUAAAUGCUUCGGAUAGUGGCUUUGACGACAGCCAGGAUAUUGGCAAGACUGAUCGCGAUCCCCAACGCAAGGUGAAGAAGAAUCCUUUCUAG